AUGGAAGUUGACCUUAUUCCUGAAAACAUACAAGAUAAAGUAAAAUUAUCAAUUCCAUCUAAAAAAAUUCAAGGACAAGGUUAUACUUCUGAUCUUUUGGCAAAAAUUGAGGAACUUAAGGAUGAACUUAGAGAUGGACAGGAUAAACUUAAGGAGGAACUUAGAAGUGAACAGGAUGAACUUAAGGAAGAACUUAGAAGUGGACAGGAGGAACUUAAAUCAAAUAUGGAAAGUGGUUUUAAAACAGAAACUGAAAAGGGCAAAGAAGUGCUAGAAAAAGGGUACCAAAUUGACUUUCCACUCAAAGUGACCACGAUUACCAAAUCAGGUGAACCUGGAAGGUUUAUGAGUUCACCUACAGAUGAAGAUACACAUAGAUCACCAAUACUAGGAACUCGAAAACCAGAUUUCGUAUUCAUUUUAAAAGAUUCAAAAUUAGAUUACUUAAAUGUUGUAGCUAUUGGUGAGAUAAAGAAGCCAAUUAGUGGAAAAUUUAGUGACGCACAAAUAGGACAAGCAAUAUCAUUCGGUGAAAAACUAUUGCAACUUCAGCCACGGCGAAG